GGAAUAGCGCCAACAACAACUGCAAGAUAUUUUCUCGUUAUCCUGUUAGUUUCCUUCUUCCUAUUGUUAGGAUACUAUCCAUGUAUAUAUAUCUAUGAAUAUCAACUGUUUUUCGAAAACCAUCAAUCCAAAAACUCAAUCAUGGCAUCUUCGCCGGCUCCAAUCUCUGGAAUAUCUUUCGCCAACCCAACACUGCCCAGAACCAAGAAGGCAUCAGCUUCACAUUAUCCCAUCCGGAAAAAACCCAGACCCGUGGCCAAAGAGAUUUACUUCAACCAUGAUGGGUCUGCCACUAAGAAGCUUCAGGCAGGUGUAGACAAAGUGGCAGAGCUUAUUGGGGUUACAUUGGGACCGAAGGGAAGAAAUGUGGUUCUGCAAAACAAGUACGGACCUCCCAAGAUUGUUAAUGAUGGAGAAACUGUUCUCAAGCAGAUUGAGUUGGAGGAUCCGUUGGAGAAUGUUGGUGUUAAAUUAGUGAGGCAAGCCGGUGCAAAAACAAAUGACCUUGCUGGUGAUGGUUGCACUACAUCUAUAGUCCUUGCUCAUGGUCUAAUUACAGAAGGUGUGAAGGUAAUUUCAGCUGGAAUGAAUCCAAUUCAAAUUGCCCGAGGGAUUGAGAAGACAGCAAAUGCCCUUGUUUCUGAACUCAAAUUGAUGUCCAGAGAGGUUGAGGAUUGUGAACUUGCACAUGUUGCUGCUGUUAGUGCUGGGAAUGACUAUACUGUAGGAAAAAUGAUCUCUGACGCUCUUCAACAUGUGGGAAGGAGGGGUGUAGUCAAAAUUGAAAAAGGAAAAUGUACUGAGAACAGUCUACAAAUUGUGGAAGGAAUGCAGCUUGAUAGAGGAUAUUUGUCCCCUUACUUUGUCACUGAUCCAGAAAAGAGGAUUGUUGAGUUCCACAAUUGCAAGUUGCUAUUGGUUGAUAAAAAAAUCACACAUCCAAAGGAGAUGUUUAAAAUUUUGGACAGUGCUGUUAAAGAGAAGUACCCUAUUGUGAUAGUUGCGGAGGAUAUUGAGCAGGAAGCUCUUGCUCCAGUUAUUAGGAACAAACUCAAGGGUGUGCUGAAGGCAGCUGCUAUUAAGGCCCCUGCCUUUGGUGAGCGCAAGAGCCACUGCUUGGACGAUAUUGCUAUCUUGACCGGAGCAACUGUAAUCAGAGAUGAUAUGGGUUUGACCCUAGAUAGGGCUGGGAAGGAGGUAUUGGGCACUGCUACUAAGGUUGUGAUAACUAAGGAUUCUACAUAUGUGGUUAGUGAUGGAAAUACACGAGAAGCUGUUCAGAAAAGAGUUUCUCAGAUAGAAAGACUGGUCGAGAACACAGAAGAAAAUUUUCAAAAGAAGAUACUCAAUGACAGAAUUGCCCAAUUAUCAGGACGAAUUGCUAUUCUUCAGGUUGGAGCACAAACACAAGUUGAGUUGAAGGACAAACAACUCAGAAUUGAAGACGCUUUGAAUGCAACAAAGGCAGCUAUAGAGGAAGGUGUUGUAGUUGGUGGUGGCUGUAUCCUCUUGAGACUAUCUGCGAAGGUAGAUGGCAUUAAAAGCCUGUUGGACAACCAAGAACAAAAGAUUGGAGCUGAGAUCUUCAAGAGAGCAUUAAGUUAUCCAACAAAACUAAUUGCCAAAAAUGCUGGUGUUAAUGGCAGUGUUGUUGUAGGGAAGGUCUUAUCCAAUGAUGAUAUAAGAUAUGGGUACAACGCUGCAAGCAACUCUUACGAGGAUCUGAUGAAAGCUGGAAUUAUGGAUCCAACGAAGGUUGUUAGAUGUUGUUUGGAGAAUGCAGCAUCUGUGGCCAAAACAUUUCUGACAUCUGAUGCUGUUGUAGUAGACAUAGUAGACAUCAAGGAAUUCAAGUCCAUCCCAAAGAGAAAGAAAAUGCCAAAACUAACUAGCUCAGUAUUUCCCAAACAAUUACUGCCCAUGUACCGAUAAAAGAUGCACAAACAGUCAAUUAAUUCUCCCAUCUUCUGCACUACUAGUAUCAAUUAUAUCAAAAGAAGCUUCAAUGAGCAGCAUCAAAUGAUCAUUCAGACACAGGAUGUAUCAAGUGGGACAAGCAAAUAUAGGACCAAAAGAGUGAAAGUUGAAGUUGAAGACUUUUAAACUUGUUCUGAUGUGCUGAUAUUGAUCAAUGCCAACUUCUAUCUAGCUGGUUAUUCUUCAGUUCCCUUGCAUCAGCUUCUUCAAAGAAACAUACAACUCAGAGUGAUGCUGCAAGUUGAGAUGAAAGGCUGCCUGGUAUCCUACCCCUAAGGAUAAUGAUUUUUUAUGUAGAUGGUGUUUUUCAAGCAGCAACAUCAAUAAAAAAAGGGAGAAAUGAUGUCUUGUAAAAAUGCUAAAGCAUGUAUACAAAAUUAAAGCAGGUGAUGAAUUAUAAAACUAGUAUUUUUCUCAAAUCUGCUAUUUAUCCUUGCCCUUUUCAACUGAAUCAUGGCAUGUGGUCUUGUGGUCUAACCCUUCUAAGUAAGGAACUUUACUUCCCUUGUUGUUUGAAUA